AACAGUGUGCGUCUACUGAAUGAAUUUUAUGAAGUGAAGUUGAAGUUAUUCGAGUUUGUGGCACAAGAAAGUAAAUGCUCGCUGUAUUUUUUAGGUUUUAUAAUUAAAUUUGUACAAAAACUAAUUUAAUAUUUAAAAAUUGGAUUGUUCAAUCACAUCAAUGGCUAUGCAACCUCAUAGUAAAAAAAGAGUGUGCUAUUAUUACGACAGUGAUAUAGGCAAUUAUUACUACGGACAAGGUCAUCCUAUGAAGCCUCAUCGUAUACGUAUGACUCAUAACUUGCUGUUAAAUUAUGGUUUAUAUAGAAAAAUGGAAAUUUACAGACCUCACAAGGCAACUGCUGACGAGAUGACAAAGUUUCAUUCAGAUGAUUAUAUUCGUUUCUUGAGGUCCAUCAGGCCUGACAAUAUGUCUGAAUACAAUAAGCAAAUGCAAAGAUUUAAUGUUGGUGAAGAUUGCCCAGUGUUUGAUGGAUUAUAUGAGUUCUGUCAGCUUUCAGCGGGAGGAUCAGUGGCUGCAGCUGUUAAAUUAAAUAAACAGGCAUCGGAAAUCUGCAUAAAUUGGGGUGGUGGUCUCCACCAUGCAAAGAAAUCUGAAGCAUCAGGUUUCUGUUACGUGAAUGACAUUGUGUUGGGGAUUCUGGAGCUACUGAAGUACCACCAGAGGGUGUUAUACAUAGAUAUUGACGUGCAUCACGGGGACGGAGUGGAAGAAGCGUUCUACACUACCGACAGGGUUAUGACUGUGUCUUUCCAUAAAUAUGGAGAAUAUUUCCCAGGGACGGGUGAUCUCCGAGACAUCGGCGCGGGGAAAGGCAAAUACUACGCAGUGAACAUCCCCUUACGCGACGGCAUGGACGACGAAUCCUACGAGUCUAUCUUCGUGCCCAUUAUAUCCAAAGUGAUGGAAACCUUCCAGCCUAGUGCUGUUGUGCUGCAGUGCGGCGCAGACUCGCUUACAGGCGACAGGUUGGGAUGCUUCAAUUUGACAGUACGCGGGCACGGCCGCUGUGUGGAGCUGGUGAAGAGAUUCGGCCUGCCGUUCCUACUUGUUGGAGGAGGAGGCUACACAAUCCGCAAUGUAUCUCGAUGCUGGACGUAUGAAACGUCAGUAGCUCUCGGAGUAGAGAUAGCCAAUGAGUUGCCCUAUAACGACUACUUUGAAUACUUCGGGCCGGACUUCAAGCUGCACAUAUCGCCCAGCAAUAUGUCCAAUCAGAACACGCCAGAGUAUUUGGAGAAGAUCAAGAAUAGACUGUUUGAAAAUCUGCGGAUGUUGCCGCAUGCGCCCGGUGUACAGGUACAAGCCAUCCCAGAAGAUGCGGUAAACGACGAGUCUGAAGACGAAGAUAAAAUAGACAAAGACGAGCGACUACCGCAAAGUGAAAAGGAUAAGCGCAUAACGGGCGAUGGCGAGCUGUCGGAGUCGGAGGAUGAAGGCGACGCGCGGCGCGACAACCGUUCGUACCGCGCGCCGCAGCGCAAGCGGCCGCGCCUCGACAAGGACGCUGCGCCUAAAGACGACGUCAAAGCUGAGGACGCAAAGGACGACGUGAAAAGCGUGAGCAAUAUGGAAGAACCAAAGAAAGAAGUGACAUCUAACGCCUGAUCCGUGCGGUAAACUGACUGACGUAAUCGGCGAAACCACCGGCCGGCUCUGAGCCUGUGGUGUCAUCUGAAUAGAUACUAGAAGGGCGACCACAGACGAUGGACUGGUAUCCGCGGAGCUCAAUAGUUCGUGGUCCUACCACUUAGGCUGAAAUAUAUCUUGUUUUAACAUGCUGGUAUAUUAAAACAAGAUAGAUAUUAUUUACAUAAAUCUCUUUUUCGUUUCCCGCGCACUGGGCGACCACGACCGCGUCGAUGGUCGCAGCGACCCACGUUUUCUAAUUUGGUGGUCGCUUGGUUGACUGACACCAUGGUCGCAGUCGUGGUCGCCCAAUGCGCGGGAGACGUUGGCCCACUUACACGUAAAAUUUUGUAAUGCUGUCACUUUUUGACAAGUUUAUUCCAGGGUCGAUAAGAAAAGACAGGAAAAUUAACUUAAACACAUUUAAAAGGUUCUGAGCAAAGUCAAAGAUAGAUUUCAGCCUAAGUCGUACUACAAAUCGAUAUGCCAUGUAAUUAUACUACAAAAUAAUUGAUCAUCAACCUGCGUCAGUAACGAUCGAUAAAAUCGAUUAAAUCUGUCAGAGAAGAUUAUCGUCAAACAGCAUAUCGAGCGUCAAUAAAGAUAGUCAAAAAUCGAUUCCUUACUGAAAGUUGUUCUUGUAUGAAGAGGUGUCAAAUUAGACGUUAUACAAUUUGAAUGUCAGCGAACAAGAUCCCAAGUAUUGAUUAGAAAGACACGAUUUUUAGAUAGUAUGGUAAUAUUUUGUAAUAAAAAGUAAGGUUUUUAAAUUCUUGUAAAUAAAUAAUAUUUUUUACAAAAUACAAUCCUGUAAUGAAGUUACAUCAUUAAGUAAUUAUGAUGCUAAUUCGGUUGUACAAAAAUCCCUUAAACUUAAUUGACAAGUUAAUGUGGCUAAUUCAGAUUGCUCUCUAAAUUGAUCAGAUCUAUAUCCAGUGUUGUCUUCUUCCGCAGGAAGCAUUUCAAAAGAGACAACAAUACAUUUAGACCUGCUAGUCGAUUACGGAAAAGCUGCAUCAAUCAGUGCUACAAUCUCCAUUGCGAUUGGCUGAAUUUUUACUGUAAUAAAUAACAAUGCAUUUUGCUAAAUAAGGGAGUGUCGGCCAAUUAGAGGUGUUUGUGAUGGCCACACCAGUCAUUUUACGAUAACGGGGCUAUCAAUAAGUUAGUUAGAGAUUGUGUACAGCAGAAUGGUAGUGCUAUAAUUGCACUAAUUCUAGAAUCAAUAAACAUGAUAGUGGUACUUUUACCUAUGACCUUAGGCCUACUAAUUUACACUUGAGAUUUCUGUGCAAACAAAUUGGCACCAAUUUCGUAAUUAAAUAUCGUAAGUAUAUAAAAAUAAUAAUUUUAGAUUUAUUCGUGGGUUUACGACAUAAUACAUAUAUUGUAUAAGAGAACGGGUAAUGGUUUGUGGAGAUUUCGGUCUGUAACAAAGACCCGUCGUAACCGCGAUCCACGCAGCUGGGUUUAUUCGAUAUAGAAAAUAUUAAGGUCGCUGCAUACGUAAUGUGAUUUUUUUCUCAUACCGGACGGAACGGGACGAUUUCUUGACAUCUUUGACAUACAAGAAACCAAAAGCUUAAUUUGCUAUAAUCCGCCCAACCACACGCUAUACUACAUUUAAAAGUAUGGCGACAAAAUGUACGUGAAAAAACAGACGGGACGUUUUAGUUAUCCGAUAGUAGUUCAAGAAAUCCUCCCGUGCGUCCAGUCCGGUACGAGAAAAACACUACGUAUGCCCUUAAAUGAAUAUCCUGUUAUGUGGUAUGUACCUGUUGUUUUAUACAACAAUAGUAAUAAUUUAAGUUUUUAUUAAGUGGAUUACGCGAUCUCAAGUUUUUGUAUCUGUGAGCUUGUAUAUUUUUUUACUGUGAGCGUUCGCAGAAGACAAUGAGGAUCAACCAAAAAAAAAAAUUUUUUUUUUUGAAUAGUAAGAAGUAUGCGCUUUUGAUUUUUAAGUUAGGCAAAAAAUUAAAAUUAAUACAAAAGAUGGGAUGACGGUGACGUCACGGUUCGCACCCUGCGCGAUUACAUUCUACUGCUAGAUGAUUCGCUAACUCACUGUACAACGAUGAAUGAUGGCCACAGCUCAUUUGACAUUGGUUGGUUCUACAUUCCUGCUUCACCGAGUGACAAUAAAAUGAUUUUCCGAAGAAACCUUCAAUUAAUUAAAAAUAAAUGGCAAAUGAGCUUCGUGACUGUCAUUGAAUACUGGGUUAGUGGACUGAGUUGAGUGGAAAAAAGUGGAUAUACUUAAAUGAAACUUUUUGUUUUUUUUUUUAUUAUUUGCAAAAGCAAUUCGUUAUAGAGGAUUUACAUAAUUACCAUUAUUUUGCUCAUUUUGAGCAGAGCCAUGUGCUUCGAUAGCCUGGCAUACGUAUUCGUGCAUUUAUAUCAUUCGUUCUUAAAUCAUUAAUCCAUUUUUUAAAAAGCGAGUUAAUAAAGUGAAAGUAACCUAAUUUCUUUGAAUCUUUGCAAAGCUCUUUAUCCUACGAAUAACAAUACUAAAGCUCAAAAAUGGCACCACGUACAACUUACUGUGGUAGGCGGAAAAAUUACACCACGCAGCGCUUGACAGUUCGCCCUGCGAUGCCAAUUUGACCCUGAAAUCCGACCUUGAUGUCAUGGGCUUCCGAGACGGUCAAGCACGUAGUUUUGUUUCGCUUGAACAAGCAACUUGAUGCGCCCGUCAAGCAAAAAUAUAAAAUCGUAUCAAUGACCGUCAAGCACGUAAAUGCUUGACUCAAGCACUAAGCAAAUUGUAAACGGUCAAAAUGCUUGGCUCAAGCAAAAAUCUACGUGCUUGAUGUCUCGAAAGCCCUUAUCCAAAAUAAUUUACGUUGAAAGAGUAAAUGUUUAAUAUUUUAUUUAUUGCUGGUGUUGGUUCGUGUUAUGGUUCCUUUAAAGCUGUAUUGUAUGAGAGUUACAUUUUCUUAGAUAUUGUUAUUUGUAGUGUCUUUAUCUGAUCUUUCUAUUUUAGUCUUUAUUUGCUAAGUAGUUAUUAAUUAAUGUUAGAUUAUAUAGGUCUUAUUUUUACAAUAUAGGACAUAAAUUAACUGAACAUAAUCGGAUUCCUAAUAAAUAAAUGGAGUAUGUCAAAAUUUAUUUAUCAUUUUUUGUUUUGUUAAACUCGUCAGCUGCCUUAGACAAAUUUAUUUAUGCUGCCUUUAUUUUUCGACAAACGGUUUAUUUCUCAUCUACUUUGUAAUGUGAUAAUCCGUUGAUCCUUGUGACGCUGGCAAUGAUGUGCACAAACAUUUAAAAUGUUUCCUAAGACAAAUUGAUGCUACAAACUUUUCUAGAGUAAGUAACUAGACUAAGUAACUAGACUAAUUUUAUUUGACUAUUAUUAUCAUGGCAGGUUUGACUCGCAAUUAGGGUGCGUUUCCAUUGAAGCGGAGAUGUGUUUUCAGCAUCGACGGGAUACAAUUAUAAUCUUGUCUAUAAAGAGAUCCCAACCAUUAAAUAACGCGAUCCGUUCCUAUAGAACGCAACGUGAAUCGUUUCAAGGCGAUCGAUGGUGAAUCGACUAUGGAAAAAACAAGUACAACUAUUUUUAUAGAAACGUCCUAGGUACGUAACAACGAAUCGUACGAUUUCUAGGGAUUUCGACAAGCCGACAAUCAUACAGAUAAUCUUAAAACUAAGAGUCGCCACAAACACGUAUCUACUCCGCUCCACUUUAGUGGAAACGCACCCUAAUCGUGUGCUGUUUAUUUUGUAUCACAAGCUAUGUGAUGUUCGUUUCUGUGUUGAACGAAACAACUGUUCAUAUGGAACAGGAUUAGAUAAGACUGUAAAUAUUAUAUUUUUAUUUGUUGAAUACAUAAUGUGUCCGAA